AUGAAGCUAGGCGAUAUGCAAGAGGAGCUUGCCACCAUGUGGGGCUGGAUGAGGUCGAAGUUUCCUGAUUUUCUGGGACCAAGUUCGGGGACAGGCGGAAUUACAGGAACAUCCGGAAACUCGAAGAUGACGAGCCAUGAUUCGGGAGCUUCGAGUGCAGCAUCAGGUGGUCGAGGAAGAGGGAGAUGUGUGGGGGUGCCUAAGAGAUGUUCGUGUGGAGAAGGCAUUGUGGCCAGAAUUUCUAAGUCUGACUCUAACCCAUACCGGAGAUAUUACCGUUGUGGGUUUGCGGUUGAGCAAAAGCUUGUCAAUGACAACCACACUUUCAAGUGGGUUGAUGAAGCAUUGUUGAAUGAGAUUGAGGCUUCAAAGUUUAGAAUAGAUAGACUUGAAGAAGCUGUUAAACCAAUAGCUACAGAUCGUAUGGAGGUAGAGAAGCAGAUGUAUGAGAAGUUUGAGUUGAAGUUAGAGAAAGAGAUUGUUGAACGAGUGGAAGAAAGAGUUCUUGAAGCAAAAUCCGAAAUGAAGAAAUUGAUGUUGCUUGUGUGUUUUGGAUGUGUGAUCAUCCUUGGUUGUAGCAAGCUUGUUUGA